AUGAUCCAUCUACUCACUGGUCCUCCACCAACGAGGGACAUUAACAAGGAACUAGUGAGUGGAAGGAGAAAAGGGGCAUUAGUAUACCUUUAGUAAGCUUUUGAUACGUGCAUGAGUGGGCACCGGCCAAUGACUGUAUAUACUGUAUGAAUGGACAAAGCCAUCGAUCACUCGACACCAUUCAUUUCAAUGUGAAGACUCAAUAACACAUUGAAGCGAAAUUAAAGUAAAGAUGGCGUCAUAACAUGCGUAGUUUGAGCUACUCCAGGAAGUGACAUUGCAGGCUAGCUUAGUGCUGCCCCCUCUCAUUGAGUAACUCAAGUUGAAAACCGACCGGGGUACUGCAGGCUGCCAUUAACAACUUUUGUCAGUGUUUUUACCUCCUUUUUUUGUGAUAUCCAAUUGGUAGUUACGAUCUUGUCUCAUCGCUGCAACUCCCCAACAGACUCGUGAGAGUCGAAGGUCGAGAGCCAUGCGUCCUCCAAAACAUGACCUGCCAAGCCGUGCUGCUUCUUAUCACACCGCUCGCUUAAACAAGAAGCCAGCCGCACCAAUGUGUCGUAGGAAACCCCAUCCAACUGACAACCUUAGUCAGCUUGCAGGCGCCCGGCCCGCCACAAGGAGUCGCUAAAGCACAAUGAGCCAAAGAAAUCCCCCUGGCCAAACCCUCCCCUAACCCGGACGACGCUGGGCCAAUUGUGCGCCACCCCAUGGGGCUCCCGGUCGCGGCCGGCUAUGACACAGCCUGGGAUCAAACCCCAGGUUGUAGUGCUGCCUCAGCACUGAGAUGUAGUACCUUUGAAACUUAGACCUCAGCGCCACCCGGGGGACCCUGUGUGCGAUUUUUAAAUAAUCCGUUCCAAGGACAUACAUCUUGUGUAUUAGAAGCAAUUAUUGGUACCAUGAUUGUCUUCCAACAUUUUUUUAUUUACACGAAGAUUGACCAUGAAGAUUUACAUUUUUCCAUUCACUGUAAUGGGGAUCCUGUUUUCUGCUAACAAAGCCUGCAGUACCGCGGUCGGCCUUGAACUUCCGUGGCUUCUGUGGCUUCUAUGAGAAGGGGCAGUCGUUCUCCCCUGGCCACGGCAAGCCAUGUCGUAAUAAGCUUGCUUUUUGUAAUUUAACAAAGCCAAGCAACUACAUAGUUACCUGGGCUACAUUUAGUAGGGAAAGGUUACGGUUCCGCUCUCACUUACGGUUCCGCUCAGACAUGCAGGCUUAUGUAUCAAAUCAAAUCAAGUUUUAUUUGUCACAUGCGCCGAAUACAACAGGUGUAGACCUUACUGUGAAAUGCUUACUUACAAGCCCUUGACCAACAAUGCAGUUUUAAGAAAAAUAGAGUUAAGAAAAUAUUUACUAAAUAAACUAAAGUAAAAAAAGGAACACAAUAAAAUAACAAUAACGAGGCUAUAUACAAGGGGUACCAGUACCGAGUCAAUGUGCGGGGGUACAGGUUAGUCGAGGUAAUUGAGGUAAUAUGUACAUGUAGGUAGGGGUAAAGUGGCAUAGAUAAUAAACAGCAAGUAGCAGCAGUGUAAAAGAGAAAGGGUGGGGGGGGUCAAUGCAAAUAGUCUGUGUAGCCAUUUGAUUAAUUGUCUUAUGGUCUUAUGGCUUUGGGGUAGAAGCUGUUAAGGAGCCUUUUGGACCUAGACUUGGCGCUCCGGUACCGCUUUCCGUGCGGUACCAGAGAGAACAGUCUAUGACUUUGGUGACAUGAGUCUUUGACAAUUUUUUGGGCCUUCCUCUGACACUGCCUAGUAUAGAGGUCCUGGAUGGCAGGAAGCUUGGCUGAUGUACUGGGCCGUAUGCACUACCCUCUGUAGCGCCUUAAGGUCAGAUGCCGAGCAGUUGCCAUAGCAGGCGGUGAUGCAACCGGUCAGGAUGCUCUCGAUGGUGCAGCUUAGAACUUUUUGAGGAUCUGAGGAUCCAUGCCUAGGGCUGUGGCGGUCACGAAAUGUUGUGAGCCGGUGAUUGUCAAGCAAAUAACUGUCGGUCUCACGUAAUUUACCGUUAAUUAACAUAAACACAUUUAGCAUCUCCUGGCUUCCACACAUAGCCUACAAACCACUGAUGCAGACCUUUGGAACAUCUACCUUUUAAAAAGUCUAAUAAAUCCAUGUAAUAUAGCCUACACCUUCACAAUAAAUCCAUUAUUUAUUUUAGACCGGUCUAAAGAAACAUGAUAUGAAGAAAAUGUAGUCUAUUUCAGAAGAACAGAAUAGCAUACUCUGAAUUGUCCUUAUGUUAGGUCCUGAUCUGGCUAUGCCAAAUGGCUGUGGGCUACACUAGUUCAUUUAGCAGACAAGAUUUGCUUAGAAUUCCGUGGCAUUAUUUUAUAUUAUUUUAUAGUAUGACGAAUACAAUUGAACAAAGCUGAAUUAAAUAGAAAAUAUAUUUUCUCCAAACGAUUUGAGGGAGUGUGCACAUGCGGCUAUUCUGUAUUUAGCAGUUAACAAAGAAAUAGGUACUCCGAUAUGCUUAAUUUAGAGUUAUUAAUGUAACUUUAGUUGUUCUACAAACGUUGGGCUAAAUGUUUUGAUUUUUAACAUUGUAAGGCUGCAUGAUGCGACUCUAAUGGUGAUUUGAAAAAAGUUGCUUGAAAGGCAUGAGCUCUGCUUUGUUUUGUUGCGCAGGCUGUACACAUUUCAUCAGUCUCUCAUUCACAAUUUGACAAGCAUUUGAUAAUGCCUCGAAUUUGUGUGGCUGUAAUGCACCCUAAAAAAUCCAUGCUGGUGUGCCCUUGGCCCGGUCACUGACCUGGUUCAUUACCGGCCAACCCCGGACUGUCUUGUCUCAUUACGCACACCUGGUUCCCAUUCCCUCUGAUUAGUAUGUGUAUAUAUGUGCCCUCUGUUCCCCAUUGUUCUGGUCGAUUAUUGUCCCAUGUCCGUUGGUCUCGUGAGUACCGUGUAUUGUGCUCUUGUUAUUACGGGUCUCGUCCCGUGUAUUGUGUAGAGGUUACACCUAGCUCUUUUGUUUGGGUUACAUCCCUUUGUUUAUUUAUAUAUAUAUAUAUAUAUAUAUAUAUAUAUAUAUAUAUAUAUAUAGUGAGGGAAAAAAGUAUUUGAUCCCCUGCUGAUUUUGUACGUUUGCCCACUGACAAAGACAUGAUCAGUCUAUAAUUUUAAUGGUAGGUUUAUUUGAACAGUGAGAGACAGAAUAACAACAAACAAAUCCUGAAAAACUUAUGUCAAAAAUAUUAUAAAUUGAUUUGCAUUUUAAUGAGGGAAAUAAGUAUUUGACCCCCAUGCAAAACAUGACUUAGUAAUUGGUGUCAAAACCCUUGAUGGCAAUCACAGAGGUCAGACGUUUCUUGUAGUUGGCCACCAGGUUUGCACACAUCUCAGGAGGAAUUUUGUCCCACUCCUUUUUGCAGAUCUUCUCCGAGUCAUUAAGGUUUUGAGCCUGACGUUUGGCAACUGGAACCUUCUGCUCCCUACACCAAUUUUCUAUGGGAUUAAGGUUUGGAGACUCGCUAGGCCACUCCAGGACCUUAAUGUGCUUCUUCUUGAACCACUCCUUUGUUGCCUUGGCCGUGUGUUUUGGGUCAUUGUCAUGCUGGAAUACCCAUCCACAACCCAUUUUCAAUGCCCUGGCUGAGGGAAGGAGGUUCUCACCCAAGAUUUGAUGGUACAUGGCCCCGUCCAUCGUCCCUUUGAUGCGGUGAAGUUGUCCUGUCCCCUUAGCAGAAAAACACCCCCAAAGCAUAAUGUUUCCACCUUCAUGUUUGACGGUUGGGAUGGUGUUCUUGGGGUCAUAGGCAGCAUUCCUCCUCCUCCAAACACGGCAAGUUGAGUUGAUGCCAAAGAGCUUGAUUUUGGUCUCAUCUGACCACAACACUUUCACCCAGUUCUCCUCUGAAUCAUUUAGAUGUUCAUUGGCAAACUUCAGACGGGCCUGUACAGUAGCUGUGCUCAGAUCCACACUUGUACAUUACAGUUGUGUCCAGGCUUGGACUUACGUAUCAAAAGCAGAACCCCAUGGUUGUUCACUUCUCACACCCUAGUUGUGUUGUCUACAAUAGUAAAAUCAUACCGCUGCGCUCACACGCAGGUCUUUGGAUUAUAGUGAGACCCUAUGGCUGUAUUCCCGCAUGGUCUUCCACACAACAAAGAGACCUUAUAGUUGCACUUACACAAUCUACACAGGCUCAAGUGUUCCGUACCAGAGCAAUGCUAGGCACCAAAACAUCAACAAAAACACACACACAUACACACACACACACACACACACACACACACACACACACACACACACACAUACACACACACACUGGCCUGUAGGGGAGUUGUAGUGUGAUUACUGAGGUGAGAAAGGCAUAAACAAGGGGCUUGCUGUUAUCUCAGCCAUCAUAAUAAAACAUAGAACAGGCCAGACCAGGCACUCCCCCUUCCUUCCCCUUCCUGUUACAGCCUAAUGGGAAAAUGGUUCUCUAAGGAAUUCCAUGUUGUGUAAUCAGGGUGGAUGGUGGAUGGUGGGCAGAGCGGAACGCGGGAUGUUUUGCAGUUUGGAUGGUAGCUCUAGUCCAGGGCGUUAGGAAGGCUCAGCAUUAGCAAGCCGCACUGAGGCUCAGCAUUAGCAAGCCCUGGACUACAGCUGGUUGGUUGGUUGGUUGGUGUACUGCUGAAGAGGGCUAGCAGGUUGGUGGGUUGGUUGCAGACCUGGGUCAAAUGCAUAGAUCAAAUGUUUUAAAGUACUUGAGUGUUUGAGGUGCACUUGAUUUAGCUUCAAGUUUGCACUUUUGGGAAUAUUCUGUAUAUGUUCCAGUGUACCAUUACACAGAACCUGAUAAACAAUGGAUGUGUGCAUGCCACUGUUGUGAAACCCCAGUCACGGUACUGCCUAGACAGUCAGAAUCUUGACUUAUGAUAAGAAUAAAUCACUUCUGUGUGACUUUUACACAACUCUCCCCUGAUUAUUUGAGUGUUAUCCUUGGCUGCGACUCUGCGAGGUUGGAAUCUGAAACAAAUCUGUGAGACGCCCAACUCCCUCGGCUUAAUCUGUGAACGCCUUUCCCCUGGAUACUCUAUAGGCUAGGGGUUGUUUCUGGGUGUGAACGAGUGUGAACACUGUUUUACUUCCCCACCCACAAGCCUCUGCAGUCAGAUCACGGCAGAAAGCUAUCGAUUCCAUCCAGCACCGUAAUCUAAUAUGAUCUGAGUCAUUCCAAGUAUUCCAAUGGCUCAUUUCAGAGGAAGGAACAUGUUUAAUGUCUAAGUACUUCAUUCUUCAUAUCAAUUCACUCUGAAUAGUUUUUUACUGUUUUAAGUCUGUUGGGGAAAGAAUGUCUUAAAACCGCUGUUUUUGAAUUCUCUGCGGAUGUCUCUUUAAGUCUGUGUGUGUUAUUGUGUGGAUUUUCUUGGACCGUUGUCCAUUGUGUUGGUGUCUGAGGAGGGGUAGGAGGAUGGAGGGGUGAGAAGAGGAGGGCAGUGGCUGGGGUACUGUGUGUGUUGAUGUAGGCGUCAGCGUCAAUCAUCUCAGCUGCUGCCUCCACCCAGUUUCCUCUGCCAGUGACCCCCUACCACACACACACGUACAUGCACACAUGGUUCAAACACACAAACACACAUACAAAUGUGCAGGACAUGGGUUUGUCAAGUGGUUUCGCCUAGACACAUACAUGUACAGUACAUGCACGUACAGUACGCACACACACCCUUGUCGACUUCUCUGUCGCACUCACUAAUAUUUACUCAGUUUGGUCCUCUGUACGAGUGUUUGUUUACAUUUCUGUUAUUCUUGGCAUCGGGCGACUUGUUGUCAAGCGACUUGUUGUCGGAAGAGAGGAAUUUUGUUGUUUGGCUUGGGAGCAGCGGCAGUGUGGAGUGAGAUGGUUUGCGUGUGUUGUCUGGAACUUCCUCCAGUUUCUUUGCUGUUCUUGGUUUGUUGUUUACUGACUACUGGAUUUAUCAGGAAGGCUUUUGAGUGGAUAGGGUAGCUAGCUACGAAAAGGGCUGUGUGUGACGCAACAGUUGACACAAGUAGGCCCUUGUGGCCUUUGUCUUGAUAUUUUCUGCCAGUUUUAAAGGUAGACUCACUGUUAUGACGUUGCCACGAGCAGCACCACAGAUAUUGCAAUGAGCGUGAUGCAAGACUUUGCUCUCAGACAGCCACACAGAGUAUCUGUGCAUGUGCACAGGUUCGCUUCAUGCUGCUACAACGUGGUAUACAGUACCAAAACAGCAGAGAAGUUUAGCAUCGCGCUACAACGCUCUUAGUAGUUGUGUAAAUUGACCAACCAUUGCUGUUUACUUUGUGCUUUGAUGAAUCUACCUUUAAGGCAUUGUGUCCCAUUAUUCUCACAUAGUAAACUAAACCAACACAAAUGAAUGCUUAACAACACACGUAUUGAUCACGAACAGACCCUUUAUAAUCCAUUAGCUUAGCAUUUAUAAGCAAUGCAGGCAUUACAAAGCGUAACCAAUCCGUUACUCACAAUAAGAAAGUGAAAAGCAUGAAAGUGUGAUUUCACAAUGUCUCCACCCAGCCUCCACUUUUUAAUAAAACCAUCCUUUUUAAACCCACCAUAUAUAUUGUGACAGAUCUCUGUGGCUAACUGGUUUUUACUGGAUUCUACUGGACUUAACUAGAUUUAGUUUGGCCUCCUCCAGUCUGUAUUUAACUGGUCUUGAUUGCCCUCCUAAACCCUUGCCAUCCUCCUCUUCUUCUUUCUUUCUUCUUCUUCCCCCUGCCAACAUUAGAUUCAGCUAUCCCUGCUAAAGGCUUUUAAGCUGUGUAAUUCAGCUGUGGGAAUUGGGAGGUCUCUGUCCAAUGGUAGGCCUACUGUAUUUACAAUACUUGAGUCAUUUGCAAACUUAAAUCAGAUUCUGAUUGGGGUGAUGCAUAGCCAGUCAGGCUUCCCCAGUUGUAAGCAAAUAGUUUCACAUUUUCUAGUAAGUUUUGUUUGUAGUGUGCUUGGUGAACUUGAUUCUUGGAUUUCAGGAUUUCUCUAAAUGGAAACAACCUUAUUUAAACCAUUCAUUUUCCCAUAUUAGAACAUAUUUACACAUAACCAAACAUAUAUAGAUAUAUACAGGUGCCAAAAUAAAGGAAACACCAACUUUAAGUGUCUUAAUAGGGCGUUGGGUCACCACAAGCUGCCAAAAAAAGCUUUAAUGUGCCUUGGCAUAGAUUUUACAAGUGUCUGGAACCUAUAAACUAGGGAUGUGACACCAUUCUUCUACGAGAAAUUCCAUCAUCAUUUGGUGUUUUGUUGAUUGUGGUGGAAAACACUGUCUCAGGCACUGCUCCAGAAUCUCCCAUAAGUGUUCAAUUGUGUUGAGAUCUGGUGACUUAGACGGCCAUGGCAUAUGGUUUACAUCGUUUUCAUGCUCAUCAAACCAUUCAGUGACCACUCGUGCCCUGUGGAUGGGGGCAUUGUCAUCCUGGAAGAGACCACUCCCACCAGGAUAGAAAUUAUUCACCAUGGGUUGAAGGUGAUCACUCAGAAUAGCUGAGUAUUUAUUGGUGUUUACCUUGCCCUCUAAGGGAUUGAGUGGACCUUAACCAUGCCAGGAGAAUGCACCCCACACCAUAACAGUGCCACCAGAACCCUCAUUUACUCAAGUGUUUCCUUUAUUUUGGCAGUUACCUGUAGAUAUAGAGCAAAAACUUGCAGAUAUUUCAAUGCUAUUUAUAUUUACAUUUAAGUCAUUUAGCAGACGCUCUUAUCCAGAGCGACUUACAAAUUGGUGCAUUCAACUUAGGAUAGCCAGUGGGAAAACCACUUUUUGAAAUGCUGAUUUGGGAGAAGUUGAUAUCCUUGAAUAUACUACCUAAUGUGCUAUAUUUGUAGAGAAAAAAUGUGGUACUCUCUUGCUGAUUGUCUUUUACGUAUCCUGCUGGCAGAGCGAUAUCCAUUCACACCCUCAUUGUGUGUGUGUGUUUGUGUGUGUGCCAUUACAAAAAAUAAUUUGUUGUUGCAAACUUCCCGAAAGUUUGUGGCAAAUUUGUUGCAAACUAAAUAGUGUCCUACAAAAUUUCGCCAGAAUUUUGCAAAUGUUUGCCACUAGUGGUGAAUUUACGGCAAACCUUUGUCAACAAUAAUACAGUUGAAGUCGGAAGUUUACAUACACUUAGGUUGGAGUCAUUAAAACUCGUUUUUCAACCACUCCACAAAUGUCUUGUUAACAAACUAUAGUUUUGGCAAGUCGGUUAGGACAUCUACUUUGUGCAUGACACAAGUAAUUUUUCCAACAAUUGUUUACAGACAGAGUAUUUCACUUAUAAUUCACUGUAUCACAAUUCCAGUGGGUCAGAAGUUUACAUACACUAAGUUGACUGUGCCUUUAAACAGCUUGGAAAAUCCCAGAAAAUGAUGUCAUGGUUUUAGAAGCUUCUGAUAGGCUAAUUGACAUCAUUUGAGUCAAUUGGAGGUGUAUCUGUGGAUGUAUUUCAAGGCCUACCUUCAAACUCAGUGCCUCUUUGCUUGACAUCAUGGUAAGAUCAAAAGAAAUCAGCCAAGACCUCAGAAAACGAAUUAUAAACAUCCACAAGUCUGGUUUAUCCUUGGGAGCAAUUUCCAAACGCCUGAAUGUACCACGUUCAUCUGUACAAACAAUAGUACCCAAGUAUAAACACCAUGGGACCACGCAGCCGUCAUACCGCUCAGGAAGCAGAGAUGAACGUACUAUGGUGCGAAAAGUGCAAAUCAAUCCCAGAACAACAGCAAAGGACCUUGUGAAGAUGCUGGUCCUAUAUUGACAUAACCUGAAAGGCCGCUCAGUAAGGAAGAAGCCACUGCUCAUAAACCACCAUAAAAAUAGCCAUACUACGGUUUGCAACUGCACAUGGGGACAAAGAUCGUACUUUUUUGAGAAAUGUCCUCUGGUCUGAUGAAACAAAAAUUGAACUGUUUGGCCAUAAUGACCAUCGUUAUGUUUGGAGGAAAAAGCAGAUGAACACCAUCCCAACCGUGAAGCACGUUGGUGGCAGCAUCAUGCUGUGGAGGUGCUUUCCUGCAGGAGGGACUGGUGCACUUCACAAAAUAGAUGACUUCAUGAGGAAGGAAUAUUAUGUGGAUAUAUUGAAGCAACAUCUCAAGACAUCAGUCAGGAAGUUAAAGCUUGGUCGCAAAUGGGUCUUCCAAAUGGACAAUGACCCCAAGUUGUGGCAAAAUGGCUUAAGGACAACAAGGUAAAGGUAUUGUAGUGGCCAUCACAAAGCCCUGACCUCAAUCCUAUAGAAAAUGUGUGGGCAGAACUGAAAAAGCGUGUGCGAGCAAGGAAGCCUACAAACCUGACUCAGUUACACCAGCUCUGUCAGGAGGAAUGGGCCAAAAUUCACCCAACUUAUUGUGGGAAGCUUGUGGAAGGCUACCUGAAACGUUUGACCCAAGUUAAACAAUUUAAAGGCAAUGCUACCAAAUACUAAUUGAGUGUAUGUAAACUUCUGACCUACUGGGAAUGUGAUGAAAGAAAUAAAAGCUGAAAUAAAUCAUUCUCUCUACUAUUAUUCUGACAUUUCACAUUCUUAAAAUAAAGUGGUGAUCCUAACUGACCUAAGACAGGGAAUUUAUACUAGGAUUAAAUGUCAGGAAUUGUGAAAAACGAAGUUUAAAUGUAUUCGGCUAAGGUGUAUGCAAACUUCCGACUUCAACUCUAUAUAUUGCCACUAGUCGCAAACAGUUCGCCAGAUUUUAUUUUAUGGCAGACAAUUCUCUCAAGAUUCAAUUUGAAUUUGUGGCAAACCUGUGGCAACAAGUUCCAAGACCAGUAAACGUUGAUGACCAAUCAGGGGGAUAAGAAACGUCUGUUGGAAAAUGAAAUCCAAGCUAUCUAGCUAGCUACCUACCAAAGUUUUCCGGUGAGUGUCUAACUUAUUAAUUAAACGUCCUAAUAAACUUUAACAUAUUAUUAGCUAAAUGAUGCCUAGUUAGCAAUGUAAAGUUUUAUGGGAUAGAGUGAAACACAUUUUGUUGAUAUCAGUUUCAAUCUGCCAGCGCCACUGACUGGCUAGCUCUUAGCUAGCUAAUGUGGAACCCCGUAUUAUCGGCAUAUUCAACAGCGUUUAAAAAAUACAUUACCUUCAACAGUGUUAUCUUGUGAUCAAGCCAUAAAUGUUAUGUGAUUAUUGGUGUCGUAAAAAUGUUAGCUAACGGGUUAGCAAUUAGCAAGUUUGACAUUUCAGUGGAAAUACUACUAUUAUCAGCUUUUUGAUAAGCGGUUUAGCAAAAAAAUAAGUCCCUUAUUAUCGGCAUACGGCCCCCAGUUAUUGGCCACCUUACUAUUCUGUUCAAUUACAAGAUAUAUCAGUUUAAUUUAGUUCAAAAAAGAGACACCAACCACAUAACCGAAGUGUUUACUAGUUGACUAGUUGGCUAGCCUUCCGGUAAAAAAUAAUGACUUGCCUGUCAACUUUUCAUUGUGUAGCCCGGUGCGCCCUCCUGUGGACUGUGGAAAAUUGUUCUUCACCAACAUAUUCAGUGUUGUAACCAAAUAAUGUCUCAUCAUUUGUUUUACAGAUUCAUCUUAUGUUUUGAGAAAGUAGAUAACAGUUGAAUUCUAAAAUAUGAGUAUUAAUAAUUUACAUCAAAUAAAACUUUAAUUUCAGUUAUGUGCAUUGACAUAAACAAUGAAAACACUGUUGGAGUUUGUGUUGCAGAGAUGCACUUGGAAAGUAAAGGAAGAAAUACACAAGAGUGGUUCAAUAAAUAUAUAUUAUAUUUUAGACAUUUAUUUUUUUGUACAAAUAAAUAAUUGAAUAUGAACACAAACAAAACAAUUAAAUCUCGACCUCCAUCCCUAUAUUGUCACAAAAAUCACAAUAAUAAUCCAGCUCCACCGCUACCUCUGGAUCCCACUGCACACACCUGCAGUGGAACCAGUGCUGACAGAAGUCACAGCACAACCAUGGCACCUCGGAUCUACACUCCUGAGAGGAGCUUGCAGGCGGAUCAUGCUCAAAUUGCAGGGGGCAGGGACACCAGACGAGGCUGCUAUGGUGGUGUGACCAGGGGAGACUGAGGAGGCAGUUGGUGGUGACAGACAGGGUGGGUGGUGUGCAUCGUGGUGGUGGUGGACAAAACCGCCGACGAUGGCUUGGAGGAGCUGGUGUUUGUAAUGGUGGGUUGAGGGGCCGACGAUGGUGUGGCCGGGAGAGUAGGCACGUGGCCUUCUGCAGCUGGGGACUCUGGCGGCUCCUACAGGUGUUGCACCCUGGGUGGCACUGGCAGUGGUGAUGCAGUUGUCAGGAGUGGUUCCAGCAGGGGGUCCUGCAGAGGCGAUGGCGUCAAUGGUCUCAUCCAUGGCAGCCCUCUCCUGUGCUCUCUGUGUUCUGAGGGCUGCCCGACGCUCUUUCUCCUCUGCCUCUGCCCUCUCCUUCUCACCCCUCUCCUGCCACUGGUGCGUGUAUUCCUCCCUGGUGCGGCAUGUGACGACCACAGGGAGUCUUCUGUAUCGGUCCAGCCGAUACUUCAGGACAGUAAGGAUGUGCCCCAGGUCCUUCGCUAUCAGCCCACCCUCUAUUAGGGGGUGCUCUUCUAGAGCUAGGGAUAGGACUGGAGCAGGGACUGGAGAUGGGGCUGAGGGUCCUCCUGUGGUCGCUGGGGAGGAGGCACUGAUGGAUGGCACAGUGCUGCUGGUUCCAGGAGAGGCGGUGGUGGGACUCGGUAGGGACCGAGACAACAUUAAACGGGACUCUUCAAUGGCUGAAGGGUCAAAAAGGGAAGAGGCCACACUUCUUAAACCCUUCCACCACAUAGCGCAUGUCCUUGCAUCGCUGGUACGGGUAGCGGAAUACUCUGGCAAAUUCUGAUUUGUUUACCAUGUAGGAGUGGUCAAAAUGGCUAAGGUCUCCAGCUACCUUGGAGAACUCAGCCUUUAAAGGGCCAAAGUAUGCCACGUCCAGCGGCUGCAGGACAUGGGUGCAGUGUGGUGGAAGACAAAGAAGUAUAACCCCUUCCCUUAGUGCCGCCGCGAGAACCUCCAGGUCCAUGUGGCUCUUGUGCCCAUCGGAGAGGAGAAGGAGAGGGCGCUCCUUCACUGCAUGCUUAAUGAAGUGCAGAAACCACUUCCUGAACAGGUCCCCGUCAAUGUAGCCACUGCUAGCCAAGGCUUGGGGGGGGGGGGGGGGGGGCUCCCAGUGUGUAGUGGCCAACGGGGAAACACUUGGGGUAGAUGAUAAACGGGGGGGGUGGGGGGGACGUCCUCCCCAGCUGCGUUGAAGCAGGCCAGCACUGUGAUGUGCUCCUUGGUCCAGGAGCCUGCUGGUACACGUGUUUUGCGCCUAGGGGAGCCAGCACUUUGUGCCUGCUCUGGUCGCUACGAAACCCAGACUUAUCGCAGUUAUAGAUAUGUCUGGGUUUCUCCCUCAACCCACUCUCCUCCAAGUGCUUCUCAUAAGAAGUGAAGAAGGUGUCCAUCGUCGGACGUGUGGCACACUCAGCACUCCCCCUGUCCAGGGUGUCCGGCCUCCUCAUGCUCUGAACAUUUCCCACCACCUCUUCCCCAGUGGUGGGAUUGUUUCCCCUGGGUGCCGAAACCUACAAUAGAAUAGAAUAUAUAAUUGUCCAUCCAGGAUGAAAAUGUUUGUUUUGGCAUCACCAUACACAUCCACAUUUACAUCACACACAUUGAGAACAGUCAGUCCAUCAAUCUACAUACAUAGAACACCAAAUACCUGCUUAUUUUGUCGGCGUAUUUCAUCAGCCUCUGUCUGGUGAAGGGGAACCCAUGGCUGGUGCAGUAGAUACAGUACUGCACCAGAUAAUUUUUGGUGCAAGCAAUGUGGGUGGUCCACUGCGACAACCAUGGGUCACCCGGACGCUCAGCCUGUCCGCCAGGGUCUGCCGAGGUACACCAUGCACCUUGGUAGAUAAGAAAAUAAAACUUACUAGCAGAUAAAAUUCACAUACACAUGGUAAUCUCCUAAAAACAAAAGAUGCCUAACCUUGGCAGCCUGGCGGAUAGCCAUCCCUGCCCCGCAGUCCUCCAUGGCAUGGAACAUGUCCACCUCACUCCACUGCUUCCUCUUGACUUUCUCCAUGCUGUGGUGUUAAUACAUGUAGUUAAAUAACUUGGCAUACUAUACACAUUUUUGAAAGAUUACUCAAUCUGAAUAUGUAUAAACAUUUACAUUUCAGAGCUAAUGCAUUGAAAGGUGAUGAAAGUUUUCACAAUAACUGAAAGUGUACCCAUGUUUUUUGUUUGAUGUUAUCUGUAAUGAAAAUUAGUGUCCCAAUUAGUUUAAUAUUGACGCAUACAUUGUACAUUUUGACUAAAUACUGCCUCUAUGUAGCUGUUGUAAGAUUAAACAUAACCAACAGUGAUAGGUGUCAAAAAGUUCAUGGUUCAAAGUUCCAAAUACAUUUUUGCAGAUUGUGCAAAACGCCUCUGUCACGAUCGUUGAUGAACGGGUCAGACCAAGGCGCAGCGUGAAAUGCAUCCAUGUUUAUUGUACUGAAUAAACAUACAAAACAACAAAAGGCAACACGACGUCGGAAGGCUAAUCACUAACAAGCCCAAACUCACCGAACACAAACAAGAUCCCACAACACAGGCAGGAAAACUGGCUGCCUAAGUAUGAUCCCCAAUCAGAGACAACGAACGACAGCUGCCUCUGAUUGGUGUGGUCCUCUGUAGCUCAGCUGGUAGAGCACGGCGCUUGUAACGCUAAGGUAGUGGGUUCGAUCCCCGGGACCACCCAUACACAAAAAAAAAAUGUAUGCACGCAUGACUGUAAGUCGCUUUGGAUAAAAGCGUCUGCUAAAUGGCAUAUUAUUAUUAUAUUAUUAUUGGGAAUCACACCCGGCCAACCAUAAACAUAGAAACAUAGAAUACCACAUAUAGAAAAAGCACAACAAGGAAUAUACACACCCUGACUCAACAUAUAAGCGUCCCCUGAGUCAGGGCGUGACAGACUCCAAUUUUGAUACGAUAAAGCUUGACAAGAUUCCGCUGUUUUCGUGAUAUGUAUUAUCUAACGCUUACAAUUUCUUUCCUUUUUGCUGUCUUAGCAGUUCUAUCAACAUUUAGCAACUAAGCUAGUAACAUUAGAAAAUCUGUUAGCUAUAUUUCAGAGGUAAAAAGUUGGAUAUUAAAUGAUGUGUGGUCUGUCGUGCAGUCGAAUUUUACAAUAUGCAGCGUGUUCCACAAAAUGUGUACAUACAUAACUUUUUUGAAAACGAUCAAAACCUAACAUAACUUACACAAAUUGCACUGAAAAUCGGUGAUCAGCUAGGUAGAAGGGUGUCGUUAGUCGCAAAACUUACCGUUCUUUUCCAAUCCAUUUAAAUGUUGAGCUCGAGGUGAUUUAGUCCUCCAACCGCUAGAGAGUGUCCGAAGUUAGGGAGUGUCUGAUGUUGGGGGAAAAUUAGCUAACGUUAGCUAUCAUACUAUUGCACAAUUAAUGUGAUAGGUAGCUAGCUAACUAAUUAUUUGCCUAAACACUUAUAUUUUUAUGUGAAUACGUUGCUGUCUUAAUACCAAUAUGCAUGUCAAUAUGCUAGUGUCAGUUCAGUAGAAUGUUAGCUAGCACAACAGCUAAGGUAGCAACAAUAUGAGUUGAUUUGACAUCAAAGCAAAACUUUUGCAGAUGGAUACCCUUUCCCCACCCGUGGUGUUGAAAGAGGCUGGGAGGAGGAUGCAUAAACACCCUGGAAAUAUGUUUGUGGAGCAAUCACUCAUAACACUUUUUUUGAGUGAUAAAUUAGUGUAUUGUCUUUGAGAUUGAUAAGGUAAGCAAAUGCAUGUAUUCUCAAAUGCAGCUCAUACAUUCAUUCUUUGUAACAAUUAGAUAUUUCAUCACUUUAAACUAGUAGUAGCAAGCUCAAUACAGAUUGAGGCCUUCAAUCAAACUGAGGACAGAGAAAUGUGUGUGCACCAGACAGGUCAAGGCUUCUUGGAUGCAUGGCUUUGAGAUCUAAGUUACACUCAAAAAAAUGCUGGGUUGCAGGCAUUGAGUCAAUAGUUGGGUUGUUUUCUGUAAAAACAGCAGGGUUGGGUUGUUGGUGCUGGGUUAUUAAGGUUGUGUUAUGGCAGUGCUGAUUUUAAAAUGUCAAACUUGGUGGGACAAACUCAAUGCCUGCAAAGCCACUACAUAACACGAAACAAUACAUUAUGAAUAUUUGACCCAGCCAGUGGGUAAAUGUUUUGUGUGCUGUCACCUAAGACAGCUGAAGUGUGUCAGUGAAUGUGAAUAUCUAUUGAUUUGCUCUGGCACUGUCUGAUAGACACAUCUGUGUUAAUAACACUAAAGAUAGUGUCACACGCAUGCUUUGUUUUUAUCAGAUUGCAAUCUGAGUGUACACAUCAAAUUCAGCUGAGGCUCUAGUCAAUAUGUUUGGACUGUUUGGUUCAUGAAAUAAUAUAAAUACAUGUUAAGAUUUCAGAAGAUAGGAUUGAUUAUGAAAUCUUAUGAAAAAUAACCUAUACUUUGUUUCAAUGUGCUAUUUAAAAAAAAACUAUACAUUGUGGACAAUUCUCUGAUGUGAUAUAUGUUCUGAAAUGCAGGUGAUACAACUCAACAUUGUAUCUUGAUUGUGUGUAGGAAAGGGGUGGGGUGGGAUAGUAGGGAAGGCAAAAAUAUAGAAGCAAAAUUAAAAUUAGGAUUACACUGAAAAUAACCCAAAGAUUAUAAAUUACCCAGCUGAUGGGUCAAACCCCAAACCAGCAAUAUAGUCUAAUUUACCCAGAAGCUGGGUCAAGCGCUCAACCCAAGGUGCUAGGUUAGAAGCACAACCCAACCCCACUGGGUUGAGUUGACCCAAUGUUGUGUUUGGCCAAUAUUGACCCAGCAUUGGCUUGUUGAAAUGACCCAAAUUGGGUUAUUUUUAACCCAGCAUUUUUUUGUGUAACAAAUUUAUUUUGGGAAAAUAAUAUGAAUUGCCAUAUUAGGCAUAACUCAAUUUCUAACUUUUUUGAGAUGCCAAAAUAAAAAUAUUUUCAGUAAUUUUUUUCAGUAUCAUAGUUUAGUUUGUUUUGUGUUUUCUGAUUGUUUCAGUGCAUGCAUUCAACAAGCUUUGGACUAAGGAAUUCCACAGAGCCGCCAUCUCCAAAGUUCACUCAAAAAGGCAAUAGUUCUGAACUGGGUUUGAUUUAGUUUUAGUUUUAAUUAUUUACAUUUUGUGAAAUUAUCUUUUAAACUUCCUUUGGUUUAAAUCUAUUGCUCAUUAUUCACUUGGCUCAUGUAAAUAAUUCUGUAGUUGCCCCUUUAAACAUCCUAAGGUCAAUAUCCCCAUACUGUUCACAUUUCUCUCAUGUAAAUGUUGUAGCUACAUAAAAUAUUAAAUAAACAAUUUAUUUGGUAAAUAUCCAGUCGUUGCUCUUUUCUUCAUUACCAUGCUGAUGAUUUCAAGUUGUAUUGGAUUUAUUGUUAAGACAUUGAAUACUGUCACGCCCUGGCUCUGGGGACUCUAGUAUGUUUAGCCAGGGUGUGAGUUUUCAGUUGUUGUUCGUUUUAGUUGAGUAUUUCUAUGUUGGCCAGUGUGGUUCUCAAUCAGAGGCAACGUGUAUCAGCUGUUGCUUGUUGUCUCUGAUUGGGAACCAUACUUAAGCAGCCAGUUUUCCCACAGUGUUUGUGGGAUCUUGUUCCUGUUAGGUUUGUGUUUUUGCACCUUUGGACGUCACGUAUCGUUUUUGUUAUUUUGUUCGUGUCUCACUAAAUAAAGCAUGUUCGCAAAUAACGCUGCGCAUUGGUCCUCUGUUCCCGACGAACGGGACAGAAGAUCCCACCAAAACUGGACCAAGCAGCGUGUCCAGGAGCCAUCGCCAGGGGAAUCUCUAGCGGAUCUCCUUUGCAACCUCGACUGGGCCAAGCCAAGUGAAGAGCAGAGAGGUUGGACUUUGGAGCAGUGGAGUAAGAGUCUCGACUGGGCCAAGCCAAGUGAAGAGCAGAGAGGUUGGACUUUGGAGCAGUGGGGUGAGAGUCUGGCGAGAGAUAUGGAGGCCUGGUCCACGGGGAGGAGAGACACCCAGACAUUUUUUAGGGGGGGGCUCAUGCCGUGGACGACGGGGCAGCAGGAGGCCGCGAAAAGAGCGGUCCAGCGGGUUGGCAGAGGAGGCCGCCAGGUUAAGGGGGCCACUGGUCACAAAGGGGAAGGAAAGUGUAGAGGCACGGCGAGAGGUACUGGGGUGUGUUACCAGUCCGGUCCGGCCCGUUCCUGAUCCCCGCGUAGGGCCAGUGGUGUGUGUCCCCAGUACGGUCCGGCCUGUUCCUGUCCCUCGCAUCGAGCCUGUGGUGCGCGUCGCCAGCCCGGUCCGGCCUGUUCCUGCUCCCCGCAUCAAGCCUGUGGUGCGCUUCGCCCGCCCGGUCCGGCCCGUUCCUGCUCCCCGCACCAAGUCAGUGGUGCGCUUCGUCAGCCCGGUCCGGCCCGUUCCUGCUCCCCGCACCAAGUCAGUGGUGCGCUUCGUCAGCCCGGUCCGGCCCGUUCCUGCUCCCCGCACCAAGUCAGUGGUGCGCUUCGUCAGCCCGGUCCGGCCCGCUCCUGCUCCCCGCACCAAGUCAGUGGUGCGCUUCGUCAGCCCGGUCCGGCCCGCUCCUGCUCCCCGCACCAAGUCAGUGGUGCGCUUCGUCAGCCCGGUCCGGCCUGUUCCUGCUCCCCGCACCAAGUCAGUGGUGCGCUUCGUCAGCCCGGUCCGGCCCGCUCCUGCUCCCCGCAUCAAGUCAGGGGUGCGUUUCGUCAGCCCGGCUCGGCCCGUUCCUGCUCCCCACACCAAGCCAGUGGUGUGCGUCGUCAGUCCGGCACAGCCCGUGCCUGUUCCACCGGUGCCUGGUUCGGCACGGGUCAGCUGCUUCACGCCGGAGCUAGAGCAAUCCGCUCCACCAGUGUGCAGUCCAGCUCCGGUCAGCAGGGCCAGACCGGACCAGGGGUACUUUGGGGGGUUAGAGAGGGAGUGGGGAUCAUGCCUGGAGCCGGAUCCGCCGCCAAGGCGGAGUGCCCACCCGGUCCCUCCCCUGUGGUGUUUGGUUGGCGCGGUCGGAGUCCGCGCCUUUGGGGGGGGGGGUACUGUCACGCCCUGGCUCUGGGGACUCUAGUAUGUUGAGCCAGGGUGUGAGUUUUCAGUUGUUGUUCGUUCUAGUUUAGUAUUUCUAUGUUGGCCAGUGUGGUUCUCAAUCAGAGGCAACGUGUAUCAGCUGUUGCUUGUUGUCUCUGAUUGGGAACCAUACUUAAGCAGCCAGUUUUCCCACAGUGUUUGUGGGAUCUUGUUCCUGUUAGGUUUGUGUUUUGCACCUUUGGACGUCACGUAUCGUUUUUGUUAUUUUGUUCGUGUCUCACUAAAUAAAGCAUGUUCGCAAAUAACGCUGCGCAUUGGUCCUCUGUUCCCGACAAACGUGACAAAUACUUGUUUAGCAUAUUUACUAAAUUUAAUGUUUUAGUUAUUUUUCUCUGAAAAGUAAGUUCAUUUAAAGUUAUGUGAUUUGGUUUAUUUAGAUACAACAUUUCAAUGUUGUUAACAUACAGUAACCAAAAACCUGAUCUAAUUUGCAUAUUCAUACUGAUUUUGCAGCAAACAGAAUGCCAAAAGUUUCCCAGAAGUUAACAAGUUGCCACAAAUUGACCGCAACAGUUUUCCAAAAAAGGAUUUUGCAUGUGAAAAUAUGAGCUUGUCGCAAAAUUGCGACAAAUUGGCCAAAGGUUUGCCACAACUGUUUGCCAGAAGCCUGUUUUUGCAUAAGGGUGUCUAUGGGUGGGGACUCCUCUCCAGGGUAGCAGAGAUGGCACUCUCCCAAAGGCACAGGAAGCCAGAGGAAGGGGGGGGUGGUAAUUUACCACAUUGAGAAAGGCUCUGGAACGUGAGAAAAUCCAGCUCUGUAUGUGUGUGUUUGUGCGAGAGAGAGGAAGGACGAGAGAGAAGAGAGUGAGAGAGUGAGAGAGGCUGGGAACUGAAGACCAGAAGAGGACAGCAGCCUUAGCAGGGUCAGGUUUUACCAACGUAACAAAGGACCGUAGGACACCAGGCAAGCUCUAUAUAGAAAACGGAGAGAGAGAGAUACAGUAGAUGGGGAAAGAGGAAACGGAGAGAGAGUGAAAGAGAAAGCGGCAAAGAGAUAGGGAAGGAAAAAGAGAGUGAAAGUUUGUGAGUUAAAAUUGGAGGGAGAAAGAGAGAUAAACCAGAGAAAAGGAGGGUGAGGAUAAUUUAAGGAGCAAGUCGGUUUUGAGAAAGCGAGCGUUGUUGAACCAGCAGCCUGCGACGGACAAACCAUGUCGGGAACAUAUUCCUGCCUCUGAGUAGACUGUGUUUUCCUCUUUCUGAGGUGUGUGUGUGAGUGUGGGCGUGUGUGCAUGUUUGUUUGUGUGUGUCCAUUUGUGUGUCCGUGUCUGUUAGUGAUGGGGGACAAUCUCAAUGUAUUUCUCCCUUCAUCCACAAGAGGAGUGUAUUCACCUUUCUCUGAGUAAAAGUGAGUAUGUGCCCUAUUUUAACAGUGUGUGUGUGUGUGUGUGUGUGUGUGUGUGUGUGUGUGUGCGUGCGUGCGCCCUCUCUCCUCAGGACAACCUGAGUGUGUUCCUGCGUGGCUGUGAGGAGCUAGGACUGAAGGGCUCUCAGCUGUUUGACCCCGGGGACCUGCAGGACACCUCGACACGCCCCAACGUCAAGUAAGACAUCACAGACACACUUGCUUCCCUGACUGGCUGGAUGGCUGAAAGGCUGGCUGGUUGACUGUCUGGCCGGCUCACUGUCGUAGGUCAAUAGGGUGGUUGGACAGUUGUUCUGUCUGUCUUUCUGUAUCUGUCAGCCUGUAUGUCUUUGUAUUUCCAUCCAUGUGUUUUAUCUGUUUCCAUCCAUUUGUGCAUUUGCUUGUCUUUCUACAUCUCUAUGUCUCUGUUAUGUCAACAGUACAGGAAUUAGUGUCAAAGCAAAGAAAUGUGACUCUCCUGUAUGCAACAUCACAUGACAGGAGAUUGUGACGUUGUAGCUGUUGCUAGGUGAGUGGGUGUUGCCCUCCAACUGUCCUCGUGCCAGGGCUACUCUGUCAGUCAGUAAAUAAAGAGAGAGAGAGAGAGCGAGCGAGGGAAAGAAAGAUCGGGAAGGAGAGAGAGAAGAAGAGAGGUAGAGAGAGAGGUUCUUCACUUUGUGACAGGACAAUGUCAAACUUAGCAGGUCUAGGUGGUGGCUUGACUGGUCCUGUCAUGACAUAUGAUUCCAUGAAUAGUUCAUGUGUGGGCUAAUGGAAUAUUAUUAGCUUUACUCUCACACUAGGCACACAGUGUGUGUGUGUGUGUGUGUGUGUGUGUGUGUGUGUGUGUGUGUGUGUGUGUGUGUGUGUGUGCGCGCAUGUGUGCGUGCGUGCAUGAAGGUGUUUUUGUGUACGUGUGCGUAUGUGUGUGUGUCCACCCUGUCACUGAUGCCUAUGCAUUUGUUCGGCUCCGAUCCAAGUUCAUUGCAUUUGAAUUGACCCUGUUCUAAUUUUGAUGGCUAUGCAUCCUUGCAUUGACUUAUAUGCCCUUGUUACUGUCCCUUAGAUUUUGUGUGCAGCUCUACCCUUUUCUCCUGCUACUCUUCCCAGUGUUCAGACAGGUGUUUUCUUAUCUAGAAAGCAGAUUUGGACGGGGGUGCAUAAAGAGACACCACUCUGCACAAUGAGCUAAGGCCUGAAAUAUGUCCUCUGUACCAUCUGCUAAUGGAAACAGAUCGAUUUCCAAGAAAAGUGACAGGGGAGAGAGUGAAAGAGGGGAGAGAGAGAGAGAGAGAAAGAGAGAGAGAGAGAGAGAGAGAGAGAGGGAGAGAGCGAGAGAGAGAGAGAGAGAGAGAGAGAGAGAGAGUAACAGCAAGAGAGAGUGAGAGAGGGAAAAAGAGCGAGGGAGGGAGGGAGUAAAGGUGAUAUCACAUGCAGUGAUCUAUUACCUAGUGGAAUCUGUAUUGCCUUCUUUCUCAGGCAGGCUUUAGAUGUGGUUAUGUAAGUAAGCAAGGUAGCGUGGUAGAGAAAACAGACCUGUCUCUCUGUUCAUUUAGUCAAGCGAGAGGAGAGGAGGGAGGAGAGAAAGAGGGGAGGAAGGUGAAAUGACACAGGGACCUUCUGUUGGAGGAGAGGGAGGUUGGAGAGGAGGAGGAGGUGGAGAAACUAACGCUGAGACUGACUUGCCCUCCUGGCCUUUUGGUUUCACCUCUCCAUUUCUCAUUCUUUCUUUUGAACUGUAUUUUGCUCUCUAUAAAGUAUCGCUCUCUCGCUCUCUCGCUCUCUCGCUCUCUCUCUCUCACUCUCUCUCGUUGUCUCUCUCUCUCUCUCGUUGUCUCUCUCUCUCUCUCUCUCUCUCUCUUUCUCUCUCUCUCUCUUUCUCUCUCUCUUUUCUCUCUCUCUCUUCUCUUCUCUCUCUCUCUCUCUCUCUCUCUCUCUCUCUCUCUCUCUCUCUCUCUCUCUCUCUCUCUUUCUCUCUCUCUCUCAAUCUCUUCCCCCUUUUCUAUUGGAUCAGAUAUGAGUAUUGUGUUGCCAACCAACAAAUGUGGUGCUCACAAGUGGAGGUCAUGUACAAAGGCAAAAGGAUCACCUUUACACGUCUCUCUAUCAAAUCGGCCAGAAAUGGGAACAAACAGAAUAUCUUCAAAAUAUCUUCAAAUUGCUAUUGAGCGUUUCUAUUAAUAAUUGGAGAGAUCUGGCUUUUGAACCCCUGAAUGAGGAUCUGACAGCGCUAGGUGCUGCACAGAAUACCUGAUCAACAAAUCACCUCAACCUCAAAAUAGCCAAGCCUGAACUGAUCCAUAUAGUGUAAGGAUUAGUAAACUACAUGAUCCCAUGGCACUUGUCGCAAAAGUAUGGGGUGUUAUCCUUGGUGUCUACCAAAUCAUCCUUAGCUUCCAAUUGGCUCAUUCAAGCCCUCUUCUUUCCCCUGCAACUCUUCCCUAGGUCGUUGAAAAUAAUGUGUUCUCAGCCAACCUGGUAAAAUAAGGGUUAGGUAUGAACAGGUAGAUUGACAUGUAACCCAAUGGAAACUUUUCAUUCCUCACAUGAAUAAGCUUCCACUUACUAAUGAUCUGGACAUGAGUCAUUUGAUUGACAGUUAUGUAAUAAUCCCAAUCAUGUGGGAGUAGCUGCAUAACACUCUUAACCCCUGGGUGACCUGUAAAGAUCAUUACGACAGGGAACAGUGUGUGGGAGCUGAACAAGCCAAGAAGGUUGACCUAUGACCUUUGCUUACUAGUGUGUGAGUAAAGUAUCAAGUGUAGCCUUAGGUCAGCUCACCUACUACUCACGCAUGUGCUCAUGCAGGAACGUGUACACACACAAACAGAGGCUCACGCACACAGGCACACACAAGUACUCAUGCACUCACACUCACAUACCAGACAAACACAGGACCUGUAGAUAUAAUUCAAUCUGUAACCAUUCUGACACUGACACAUGGUUUAGUGCAUAUUUAGUUUGAUGAAAAAUAUGUUGGUGAGAGAAAGAAAGGCAAACGUCUCUGUCUGUGUGUAUGUCUCUGUCUCUGUGUUUGUGCUCACGUCCAUCUGUAUGUCAGAGAAAGAAAAUGAAAUAAUAAUUUAAUUUGUGUGUGUGUGUGUGUGUGAGAUUGAAGGGCACCGUCUUUGCCCUGCUAUUGCCUGGAGCCUCUUGAACAUAGAAAAAACAUCCAAACAACCUUGCCCUGCAGCAACGGCGUCAGGCUGGAGAGUUUGGAGAUCAAACACUAUUAUUUUCUCUCUUGCAACCACUCUCUCUCUCCCCUUGUUGCCUCUGUACUGGGGAGCGCGCGAGCGGGGACGAGGAGGAGAGCGGAGAGCAGAGGAGAGGCGGGAGGAGAGCGCGAGAGGGCGCGGAGAGCGAGAGAGAGACGCGCGAGCGAGGGGCAAGGGGAAGAAGGGAGGGCGAGGGGCAACGCGGGGCUCGGCGGCUCCGGCGCUCGUAGAGAGAGCGAGAGAGAGAAGAGGAGGAGCGCGAUAUAGCGCGGAGAGAGGCGAGAAGAGGAGACCCGCUAUCUCUCUCUCUCUCUCCUUCUCCCUUCCCUCCCUCUCUCGCUCUCUCCCUUUCCUCUAUCUCUCCCUCCCCCUCUCACUCUUCCCUCCUCCCUCUCUCUCUCCCUCUCUCCCUUACUCUCUGCCCAGAUGGGGUUUUCCACAACUGCAUCUGUAUGUCAUUCCAUAACUACAGUGUCAUUUUUAUUGAUUUAGUUCUUUGAAAGUGAAGAAUGCAGCUCAUUUGACAGCUCUCUAACCUGGAACCUAUGAUCACCCUCGCCUCACUCUCUUCCUAACAGGGUUGCCGACUGCAGUAGGAAGCUGAAGAAUGUAAGUGUCACCUCUAUAUUGUAUAUUUUGUUUGUCCAGUAAACAUAUGUUUACGCUAUGUCCGACUAAUGCAUGGGUUGGUCAGUCAGUCUGUCAGUCAGUCUGUCAGUCAGUCUGUCUCUCUCUCUCUCUCUCUCUCUCUCUCUCUCUCUCUCUGUCUGUGUUUUCUCUAUUUGUGUCAUACUUUCUUUCUCUGUAUCUCUCCAUCCUAUCCCUCUCCCUCAAUCAGUCCAUCCCAUUACCGACUCUAUCUCACUCCCUCACUCUCCAUCUAUCUCUUGUCUCUGCUGCUUUAAGAUGAGCGAGCGAGCUAGCGUAGCGCUGUUGUCAUUCUCUGCAGUGUGAGCAGUGUGAGCUCUCUGCUUGACUUGGCUGGCUAUAGUCUACUCUGUAGGCCCCGUCUCCAGCUCUAGCCUCACAGUUGUCCGAGCUGUUUUAGCUGUUUUUGCAGAGGGACAUUGAAACGCUACGUUAGACUCAGUCUGCACUGCAUGAGAACAUCCCAUAAACUCACAACAGCUGUAGAGGGAGCUAGCCUGGUGCUAGUGUCGACUGCGGUCUUUUCAUUGUAGCAAACUGCAGCAGCAUUCAAUUAUUCAUUUUUUUGCUCAGACUCAGAGCACCAUCAGACAGAGAAGAUAAGAUAGGUGGAGAAGUAUUUUUGGACUGUUUUGUGAACGCAGCUCGGAAAAGGGACUAUUAUGCAGGACUGGAUGGAAUUCUGCUGUCCUUAUGCAAUGUUAAACUGAUGCAUGCGUAAACAGUAAGGUAUCUAUUUUGGUUAUGUUGUAGGUAUGUUUUAGAGUAAAUAUUGUUUGGUGUUUUGGUUCUGCAGGUGUGGAACUGCUGCUGGGUGAAGCUGGUGUGUGUGCGUGUGCAUGCGUGUGCUCGUGCAAGCGUGUGUGCUCUUGUGCGUAUGUUGUUUGCAUGCUUGUGUAUAUGUAUGUGUGUGUGCUUGCGACACAAAGAGGUUAUUUUCCCGUCCGGAAAUAACACAUUUUGUCAGGUCUAGUAAAGUGUAUCAGAGAAGACAAGCACUGUAAAGUGAAGAGGAGACAGACAUACAGAGAGCAUGACCUCAGGGCUUUAAAGGUCCCAUGCAGCCAUUUUUAUCUCAAUAUCAAUUUCUGGGUAACAAUUAAGUACCUUACUGUGAUUGUUUUCAAUUAAAAUGGUAAAAAAUAAACAAAAACAGCUUCUUAGCAAAGGUACAUUUCUCAGGUAAGAAUUUUGCUCGGUCUGUCUGGGAGUGGUCUGAGUAGGGAGGGGAAAAGUGAAAAUUAGCUGUUAUUUAGAAUAAUAUAUACAGUACCAGUCAAAACUCAUCUACUCAUUCAAGGGUUUUUCUUUAUUUUUACAAUUUUCUACAUUGUAGAAUAAUAGUGAAGACAUCAAAACUAUGAAAUAUCACAAAUGGAAUCAUGUAGUAACCAAAAAAGUGUUAAACAAAUUAAAAUAUAUUUUAUAUUUGAGAUUCAUCAAAGUAGCCACCCUUUACCUUGAUGACAGCUUUGCACACUCUUGGCAUUCUCUCAACCAGCUUCAUGAGGUAGUCACCUGGAAUGCAUUUCAAUUAACAGGUGUGCCUUGUUAAAAGUUCAUUUGCAGAAUUGAUUUCCUUCUUAAUGCGUUUGAGCCAAUCAGUUGUGUUGUGACAAGGUAGGGGUGGUAUACAGAAGACAGCCCUAUUUGGGAAAAGACCAAGUCCAUAUUAUGGCAAGAACAGGUCAAAUAAGCAAAGAGAAAUGACAGUCCAUCAUUACUUUAAGACAUGAAGGUCAGUCAAUACGGAACAUUUCAAGAACUUUGAAAGUUUCUUCAAGUGCAGUCGCAAAAACCAUCAAGCGCUAUGAUGAAACUUGCUCUCAUGAGGACCGCCACAGGAAAGGAAGACCCAGAGUUACCUCUGCUGCAGAGGAUAAGUUAAUUAGAGUUACUAGCCUCAGAAAUUGCAGCCCAAAUAAAUGCUUCACAGAGUUCAAGUAACAGACACAUCUCAACAUCAACUGUUCAGAGGAGACUACGUGAAUCAGGCCUUCAUGGUCGAAUUGCAGCAAAGAAAUCACUACUAAAGGACACCAAGAAGAAGAAGAGACUUGCUUGCGUCAAGAAACACAAACAAUGGACAUUAGACCGUUGGAAAUCUGUCCUUUGGUCUGAUGAGUCCAAAUUUGAGAUUUUUGGUUCCAACCGCUGUGUCUUUGUGAGACGCAGAGUAGGUGAACGGAUGAUCUCCGCAUGUGUGGUUCCCACCGUGAAGCAUGGAGGAGGUGGUGUGAUGGUGUGGGGGUGCUUUGCUGGUGACACUGUCUGUGAUUUAUUUAGAAUUCAAGGCACACUUAACCACCAUGGCUACCACAGCAUUCUUCAGUGAUACGCCAUCCCAUUUGGUUUGCGCUUAGUCGGACUAUCAUUUGUUUUUCAACAUGACAAUGACCCAACCCACCUCCAGGCUGUGUAAGGGCUAUUUGACCAAGAAGGAGAGUGAUGGAGAGCUGCAUCAGAUGCCCUGGCCUCCACAAUUACCCGACCUCAACCCAAUUGAGAUGGUUUGGGAUGAGUUGGACUGCAGAGUGAAGAAAAAGCAGCCAACAAGUGCUCAGAAUAUGUGGGAACUCCUUCAAGACUGUUGGAAAAGGAUUCCAGGUGAAGCUGGUUGAGAGAAUAUGUUUUGAUUUGUUGAACACUUUUUGGGUUACUACAUGAUUCCAUAUGUGUUAUUUCAUAGUUUUGAUGUCUUCACUAUUAUUCUACAAUGUAGAAAAUAGUAAAAAAUAAAGAAAAACCCUGGAAUGAGUAGGUGUGUCCAAACUUUUGACUGGUACUGUAUAUAUAUAUAUAUAUAUAUAUAUAUAUAUAUAUAUAUAUAUAUAUAUAUAUAUAUAUAUAUAUAUAUAUAUAUAUAUAUAAAACACAGGAAAAUCAUGUUUUUGACUGCACUGGGCCUGCACUGGGUUCCAGCCUCUUGCUGUUUGACAGACAGGUGUUGGACUGACAGUUGCAAGUAUCUAGGUUCGAAUCCCAGUCAGGCUACCCCCUGCAUUCGCUACAAUAUUUUUGUGAUGCUAAAAUGCUAAUGUGGGUGCGUGUGAUGAAUGUGAAUAGAAUAUUUUUCCAUUCUAGAUAACGGGCACUGUACUUGGAUGUGCACAUUAUGUGCGUGGUGUGUGAGGUAUGCCUAGAUUGUGUACAUGUCUGAAAAGUGUGCUUCGAAUGACUGUAUGCCAAACACAUUAAAAUCUGUUUUAUCAAAGGAAUACCCUCGAGAUCCUUAGAUUACAUUGAUAUUGUAAAACAAAGCAGCCAAUCAGUCAGCUUGUUCUUGAAACAUAAAAGAGCCUGUGUGAUCUCCAUAUGGCCACAGUAGCAAGCAAGACUGCUGAGUCCACACAGUGGCCUAGCUACAUAGAGGGAGAUGCGAUAGAUAGCGGAUGAGGUUGGCAUAGUAAAUUAGUCUGUCAGGGCUACGCUAGCCCAAUAAUGGACUAGAGGAGCCUAAUGUUACCCCUUAUAGUCCAAGGACCUUACAUGUUCUGUUUAGAAGUGAAUUGGCCCUGGCAGCCAAAACAGCCAAAUACUCCAUCUAAACGUGAAUCAAUUCUCAAAUUGCGAUACGGUUCUAGAAACAUAAAGCCCUUUACUUUCAUAUCACAUCAAAAUAAUUUCACAAAUGCUAAAUAAACACUUCCUGUACACUGUUUUAACCGGGUUUUAACACAGUUGCAACAGACAGUGUUUUCAUUGACAACAAUUGUCUUCCAUUUAUACACAGGUGUUCGGCAACACAGAUAGAUAAUUAUAACAGGUAUGCCUCGUGUCUUCCUUCUGUUUUCCGUAAAUAAGCACUGUAACAUGGAAAUAUGGCUAUCGUCAAUAGGCGCUAAAGGUAGUUAGCCUCUAUGAAUGGGUUAGGGCUAUGCUAGCAUGCUAGCAUAGUAAAUCAACCUUACCCAUGUGGCAAUGGUAAAGAGAGAGAGAAAUAUAGCUGUGUGUUCACAUUGUGUUCAUAUUGACCUGAAUUGGGGCCAGGACAAUGGCUAGGUCUUGUCUUGCUUGUACAGAAACCCCUGGCUAGCCUAUUCCAAUGAUAGUGAAAAGAGUGGACCAAAAAGACCAGGAAGUAAACCCUGUUGGUGGCGAUUUUGAUAAAACUGUUGUUUGUACUCCUCACAAAUUAAAGACAAGUGGAAAGGAGGGUGAUAUGGUUUGUAUGCCAUGACUUGACAUCAAACAAACACUCAAGGGAGAAAAUGGGAUAGAGAUAUGGUAUAUUUUUACUAACUAAUGGGUACAGUGUGCCUUUGAGUCAUAGCUGGCAUCUAUUACAUAGACAUACAGUGCGUAAUGUGGAAUUCUCUGAUUGUUCUCAGUUGGCUGAGAAUGCUUGUGUUACUGUCGGAUAGCAUUAGCGUUGUGAAGUAUACCUUAGAGCUGUCAGGAAUUUAUUUCGUGGCCUACAGUAUGCUAACUUUGCUCAUAUCAACAUAGGUUGAUUUUGCGAUGGCACUUUGCCAGGUUUACUCAGGAAGUAAACAAUUGGUUUUAGUAACAGUUUUUGGAGGGACAAGUGGGACAUUGUGCCCAUAAAGCAUAGAUCUAGUAACUCUUCUAAUUAGCGCAUUAGCAAAUGUAUAAUGCGCUAGCAGACACUUGCAUCACUUAUUACACACAACUUGCGCACAAGCUAUGGAGUAUGAGACCACUGGGAAUUGGUUAGCCCAAAAGUGCUGCCAAAAGUUCAACUGGGUCAACUGUGUGGUAGGGUCAAUUGGCAAUGAACUGCCACUAAAUUGAAAUUACAGAGUGUGACGUUAAUGCAUUGUCUUGUUAACACUGGCUCUAAAUCCUCCUCCUGUUGUAAUGAUCCUCCCCAGGUUCUGAUUACCAUAUACUGGCUGGGCCGGGCUGCCAACAGCUGCACCUCCUACAACGGGCCCACACUGGACCUGAAGGAGUUCGAAGGCCUGCUGUCACAGAUGCGAAAGGUACGUACAGGGAUGGACGUAAGGCUAAGACUAUAUCAUAAACCCUGGGGUUUGUGGAGGCUCAGUUGCUUGUGUUCUAGUGCUAGCAAUGACAAUUCCUCGAAGGGCUGUGUAUUUUAGGUACUUUCUGCAGUUGCUAAGUGAUUGUACUAUUAGGAAUAUUCGACUAGAAGGCACUGUCCAACCAAAGCUUAUGUUUUCUUUGGCAGACAUAAUGAUGAUAUUAUGCAAGCUCCCCUCGGGUGGCAUUAAUUGUUCAAACUCCUUCUUCUGCAUCAUACGCUAGGAAUGGAGUAAUCCCUAUGAGAAGGGGAAUGUAAGGAUAUGAGAAGAAGGAGAAAGAAAGAGAGAGAAGAGAGAGGAAGGAACAGAGAGAGGGAGAGAGAGAGAGAAGAGGAAAGAGAGCAGAGAGAGAGGAAGGACAAGCAGGAUGAGAGAAAAGAAGGAAAGAGAGAGAGAGAGGAAAAGAGAAGAAGAACCACAGAGAAGGAAAGAGAGAAAGAUGAGAGAGAAGGAAAAGGAGACGAGAGAGAGACGAGAGAGGAGGAGAGAGAGGAGAGAUGGAUCUCUCUCUCUCUCUCUCUCUCUCUUCUCUCCUCUCUCUCCUUCUCUCUCUCUCUCUCUAUCACUCUCUCCCUCCUUCCCUCUCUCUCCCUGCUGCUGCCUAUCCCUACAUAUAGAAAACAAGAAAAUGGUGCCGUCUGGUUUGCUUAAUAUAAGGAAUUUUAAAUUAUUUUUACUUUUAGUUUUACUUUUGAUACUUAAGUAUAUUUAAAACCAAAUACUUUUUGACUUUUACUCAAGUAGUAUUUUACUGGGUGACUUUCAAUUUUACUUGAGUCAUUUUCUAUUACUUUUACUCAAGUAUGACAAUUGGGUACUUUUUCCACCACUGUCCAGAACCAGUCAGGCCUGUUGGAACCUGGACUGUGGCUUUUGACAGACCUCCAGGGACAGACAGGGACAUAGCUGUAGCUACCAUUCCCCCCAUUCAGAGCGUGAUGUCACUCCUCUACCAUUUUUUCCAUCCCCGCAAUUUGACCUCCCCACUGCUAUUCUCUUAAAAUGAAAAAUGACCAAUAGGCCUAGAAUGCUUUCCCAGAUGUCAUUUUACUCCACCACAAUGGGGCCACGUCUCCACUUAACAAAAGAUAACGAUAGUGACUUAAAGUGAGAGAGAAAUUCAAUAGGUUUAUGAAAUCAUGUUAUACGCAAUACAGGAGAUGUAGUGAUAUGUGUUAGCUGUUGUGGUGGUGAGAGGCUCAAAUGAUGUAAACGUAAUGUUGAUGUAGACAAAUAGUCAUUUAACUUAACAAAUAAUAUUCAGUCAAUCCAUCAGUUUAAUAUCCUGUCUGAAAAUAAAGUAUGAUAGUUGAUUACCUGAAAAUGGCCAAUGGGUCCUUUACAGGUUAGUUAGGCUCUCUGAAGGCUAGUCAGUUCAAUGGCCACCAGACACAUUCCUAAAGUAGGGCUCUAGGUGUAUUAGUGCUGGGCUGGAACAAAAGCCUGCACACCAUUAGCUCCAGGACCACUGCUGUUGUCUGAGCUCACUCAGGUUUCAGUUUGGGGUUCACAGGACGUGCCACUCAAAGCUAGCCAUUGUACCCAAAAUACCCACAACCCCUCCCCCCACAAGGUCAGACAAAUAGGACCCCAGCAUCCUCCUUCACUCGGGAUCUGGCACAGAAAGGGGGAUGGGAAGGAGGGGAAAGGGGUUGAAGUGGAAGUGGGGGGUGAAGAGGGAGGGAGAGAGGGAGGGGGGAAGGGAAAACAACUGAAAGGGAUAGUGGGAGGGCGGGAGAGAGAGAGACUCUGCAUGUAGAAUUCUGCAAAAACAUUGUCCGUGUACAACAUAAAACACCAAAUAAUGCAUGCAGAGCAGAAUUAGGCCAAUACCCGUUAAUUAUAAAAAUCCAGAAAAGAGACGUUAAAUUCUACAACCAUCUAAAAGGAAGCGAUUCCCAAACCUUCCAUAACAAAGCCAUCACCUACAGAGAUAUUAACCUAGAGAAGAGUCCCCUAAGCAAGCUGGUCCUGGGGCUCUGUUCACAAACACAAACAGACCCCAUAGAGCCCCAGGACAGCAACAGCAACACAAUUAGACCCUACCAAAUCAUGAGAAAACUCAAAUAUAAUUUCUUGACACAUUUGAAAGAAUUAACCAAAAAACGGAGCAAAGUGGAAUGCUAUUUGACCCUAAACAGAGAGUACACAGUGGCAGAAUACCUGACCACUGUGACUGACCCAAAAUUAAGGAAAACUUUGACUAUGUACAGACUCAGUGAACAUAGCCUUGCUAUUGAGAGAGGCCGCAGUUGGCAGACCUGGCUCUCAAGAGAAGACUUGUGGUCCUCUGUAGCUCAAUUGGUAGAGCAUGGCGCUUGUAACGCCAGGGUAAUGGGUUCGAUCCCCGGGACCACCCAUACGUAAAAAUGUAUUCACACAUGACUGUAAGUCGCUUUGGAUGAAAGCGUCUGCUAAAUGGCAUAUUAUUAUUAUUAGACAGGCUAUGUGCACACUGCCCACAAAAUGAGGUGGAAACUGAGCUGUACUUCCUAACCUCCUGCCAAAUGUUGACCAUAUUAGAGGCACAUAUUUUCCUCAGAUUACACAGACCCACAAAGAAUUUGAAAACAAAUCCAAUUUUGAUAAACUCCCGUAUCUAUUGGGUGAAACACCACAGUGUGCCAUCACAGCAGCAAGAUUUGUGACCUGUUGCCACAAGAAAAGGGCAACCAGUGAAGAACAAACACCAUUGUAAAUACAACCCAUAUUUAUGUUUAUUUCCCCUUUUGUACUUUAACUAUUUGUACAUCGUUAUAACACUAUACAUAGCCAUAAUAUGACAUUUUAAAUGUCUCUAUUCCUUUGAAACUUUUGUGAGCUUUUACUGUUCAUUUUUUAUUGUUUAUUUCACCUUUGUUUAUUAUCUAUUUCACUUGCUUGGGCAAUGUAAACAAAUGUUUCCCAUGCCAACAAAGCCCUUUGAAUUGAAUUGAAUUGAAUUGAAUUGAAUUGAAUUGAGAGGGAGUGAAGGAGGGAAAGAGACAGAAAGAGAGAGGGGAAGAGAGGGAGCAGGCGAGAGGGGUAAAUUAAGGGGAUAGAGAGGGGGGUAAAGAGGGGGGUAGGUGGCUGCCAGGAGGGGGAGUGGGAGGGGGGAAAGAAACAGGAGGUUCCUCAGGCAGGUGGGAAGGAAAAGCAUUUUCUCAGCCCUGGAAACCAAAGAGGCCACAGACCAGGAUACACUGCUGCAGCUUAGAGGCGGACAGAGUGAGACAGAGGUAGAAAAUCUAUUAAAAUCGGAGCGAGGGAGAGGAAGUGAAUGUAAUUGUCCAGGUUGGCGGAAUCAUGGUGAGUGAGGGAUCCAGAUUGGAUGGGGUAUUGGGAUAAUCUCAACACAAAAAAAUACAUUGAUGUGGUGCAUGUUUUGUGUGUGUGUGUGUGCAUUUGUGUGUGUGCAUUUGUGUGUGUGUGUUAGGAGGCGGAGGACACAGAGAGCCCCCAACGCAGCAUACGGGACAGCGGCUACAUCGACAGCUGGGACUCGGAGCGCAGCGACUCGCUUUCCCCACCUCGCCACGGCCGAGAGGACUCCUUCGACAGCCUGGACUCAUUCGGGUCACGCUCCAGACAGACGCCCUCGCCGGACGUACUGGUCACCCACAGCAUCGGCAGUGAUGGUAGGACACUAGACCCCCGGACGGGUCACACCACACACACCAGUCACAUGCUUUUACUGUCUCAUACUUUCUAG